GUCAUUCUGCGUAACACCUGCGUGUUGUUGUCGUUAAACGCGUGUCUAACUUUUUGUUUCAAACGAGCAUUUAACUGGUUAAACAUUGUUCAUUUUUAACGUGUCUAUAACUUCUUAAGCAUCGGUAUAUUUUAACGUGCUUUAACAAGUUAACCGGUCGUGCAUGUUAAACACGUUAAAUAUGUUUUUAAAAAAAACAAAAAAGGGUCAAACGUGCUGUUGUCAGUGACCCUGAAGGUAAACAAAACUAACACGGUGCCAAGAGGAGGGUGGCUUGAUACUGAAGGAAGGGGUUUUAUGCUCUUCCUGCGUCGAAGAUACCUCGAGUAUAAUGUUUUUCCAGCGUGCACUUGUACAUUUAAAAACUCUAUCUGCCACAGAUGAUGGUUUAGAGGAAGUUAACUACCAGGAACUGAGGAAGAAAGCCGCAAGUUACCACAGGUUGUUCAGAGAAUACUGUCUGCUGUCGGUGUUCACAGUCUGGUCAGCAGUGUGUGGGGCUACGUGGACACCACAAUAAAGUGGUGCUGGAUCCCCAGCUGGCUGCCGUCAUGGUGUCCCACCUCCCAGAUCCAGCUACAGACCGCAGAGGACAAGAUGCUACGAUGUGUAAACAGCACUUUCUCUAAACAGUCUGUCCCAGUCUCCAACGGCAACCAGCUUUGGACCCUGACCUUUAGCAGUGACCAUGUCAAAGACAAAACCCCCAUGGUUCUGCUCCAUGGGUUUGGAGGCGGCGUGGGCAUUUGGGCUCAGAACCUGGACGCCCUCUCGCAGCGUCGCCCCGUCUUUGCCCUGGACCUGCUGGGCUUCGGUCAGAGCAGCCGGCCUCUGUUCUCCACAGACGCUGAGGAGGCAGAGGACCAGUUUGUGGAGUCUUUAGAGCAGUGGAGGGCUAAAGUGGGUCUGGAAUCCAUGAUCCUGCUGGGCCACAACCUGGGAGGAUACCUGGCUGUUUCAUACUCUAUUAAAUACCCAGACAGAGUGAAGCACAUAAUGCUGGUGGAGCCCUGGGGAUUUCCUGAGCGCCCGGACUCAGCAGAGGCAGACCAGCCCAUCCCGGUAUGGAUCAAAGCCCUAGGGGCCAUGUUCAGUCCCUUCAACCCGCUGGCUGGCCUGAGACUGGUCGGCCCACUGGGCCCCACUUUGGUCCAGACUCUGAGACCUGACUUCAAGAGGAAGUUCUGCUCCAUGUUCAGUGACAAUACUGUGUCAGAGUACAUCUACCACCUGAACGUGCAAACCCCAAGUGGGGAAACAGCUUUUAAGAGUAUGACCGUUCCCUACGGCUGGGCAAAGAGGCCGAUGUUGCAGAGGAUGGACCAGCUUCAGCCUGAGAUCCCCAUCACCAUCAUCUACGGAUCCCGCUCCAGCAUAGACAGCAACUCGGGCAGCACCAUCAAAGAGAUGAGGCCACAGUCUCAUGUGGAGAUCAUAACGAUCCGAGGAGCCGGACACUACGUAUACGCCGACCAGCCAGAGGACUUCAACCACAGAGUUUUGCAAGUGUGUGAUAAAGUGGACUGAAGCAGAGACGAGCCUGGUUACUGAACUUUGGAGAAAAAGGGGAGCACCAACAACAGACAUCACUUUAGUAGCACUUCCUCAAAGCAGGAAUAAGGAGUCAUUGUACAUAGAAUACAUUUACAAGGAGCAGUGAUCUGCGUUUGACGAAUGCGUCAUGACACGCUGAAGUUCCUGUCACCUGACCGCUGAUUUAGUGAUAUUCUCAGAAAUUUGGUGAAUACAGGCUCUGAGCUGACACCACUGAUCAAGUCCCCUUUUUAAUGUGAUUUACCAGCAUUCCGAUAAUUAUCAAAUAAUGCCCGUGGGCCAGCAUCACAUGCUUCUUUUACAUUACUCUGUGCGAGACACGCAUACAGUAGGUGGUGCUGCAGCCUCUUGAUCAAACGAUUGAUAGUGGAAGGAGGGCUUUUGAAAUUCAAAUAACUCUGCUGAACCCAAAACCACAAAGCCUCAGUGUUCCGGGAAUGAACGUUAUUGCCCAUAAGUGGCCUUUUAUAGCUCCUGUAGUCGUCUGAUCCAAACAUGAAAACAUCAUUUCACUCAAUACACUUUUUUGAUAAGUGAAAUGUUAUAUUUUAAACUUUGUAUCCAUAUUUUUUGUUAAAAAAUACAAGACUCAAUAUUGUAGAGAGUCAUUUCUAAUAUUAUAUCAUGAUAUAUUUGGCCACGCCUUAAAUUGUAUGUAACAGAAUCAGUGUCAGUGCAUUGAAAAAGAACCCCCUCGAAAACGAGAUGGUCCAUCUCAAGGGGUUUUUAUCCUGGAAAUAAAUAAAUUUCUUACAAAAAGCUCAGUUACAGUGUCAUGUGAUAGGUAUUUCCUGUACAGAGCUCAACCUGUCGCUUGUGGUUUUCUCAUAGGAUCUUGAUACAGACAGGAGGCGUACUCUUUAGUACAUCACUGUGUCAGCACUAGGAAGCAGCUCUGGAUUUAUCUGCUGCCAAGAAUAAUCUAUUUUACAGCGCCCUGUGCUUGUUUUUGGCUUUUCCUUCUAUCUCAAAAGUUAAUUUCAUUCGUGUUAAUAGUGAAUGUGAACUCCGAUCAGCUCUAGUCUAAGGUUUUACAUUCUGAAGAUUUUGCGGUUUUUGACUGCUGUCUACAAAAAACAUGUUAAACCAUUUGAAUGUGUAAUUGAAUUCUAAGUAGAAGCCUGUCAUCUCUAUAUUUAUAACUGCUUUGUAUACGUAGCAUUUAGGGGUUCCUUAGAUGUUCUGCUGACCAGUGCCUAUCCAAACAGUAUUAUUGUAACAAUGGCCACGUGCAUAUUAGCCUUUGUUUAUUUGUUUUUUUCCCACAAACCCUCAAUAGUACUGUUCACACUUAAUAAUUUUUUCCAAAUAGAAAUUAAGCCUAAAAAAAUCAUUUAGAAGCAUUUUUGAGAAGCGUCAAUUAAAGUGGAUUAGAUGGGCA